UUGACUCCGGACGAUAUUACAAUCGGGGAUCCGGUUCGGUUGCGGCUGCGAAUCGAAGCCGAUGAAAACUUGCAUAUCUACUUAGAUCCAAUAGACCGCAGCGAACACGAACAUCUGGAAGUCGAUAAACCUCAAGUGGAACGAAUCAAAUCCGAAAGCCCACCGACAGGCAAAGCACACUAUGAAGUAACCUACCCACUACGCGCAUUCGCUAUCGGUAAGCACACCCUUCCCCCCAUUACAAUUAAAUACACCGGUACUGAUGGAGACAGCGGAAGUAUCCAGACACCUACCUACCUGUUUGAGGUCCGGGCUGUCAAGCCUCCUAGUGACACAGAGAUGAAAGGAAUCAAGGGACCCUGGUCCGUACCCUCGAAUUGGAUUCUUUACAUUUUAGUGGUGCUUCUAGUAAUCAUAGUCGUUGGUGCGCUUGUCUUUUUUUACCUACAUAGGCGGGCUAAACCCAUAGAUCUACAGCCUGAAGCACUGUCCCAACGUCAACCUCAUGAAAUCGCUUAUGAGCAACUGAAUCGGAUUGAGAGGAUGAACUGGGUUGCACAAGGCGAAAUGAAAGUAUACCACACCGAAAUCUCUCACGUUAUCCGUCAGUAUAUCGCUGCACGAUAUCAUGUCCCUGCACUUGAAAUGACCACCCAAGAACUACUCGACCGUUUGCAGCCCGAAGAUAUUCCGAAAGAACUGGUACAGUAUUUUUUCACUAACUGCGAUUGGGUCAAGUUUGCCCGAUACAGCCCUACAAAGCCAGAAGCCCAUGAGCGGAUGGAGGAAGCGCGUCGGAUUGUCGAUGAGACGAAGCAGUUUUGGGUGGGGGUAGGUGAGGAACAGGAAAGCGAGGUUCGUGAAGAUCAGUGA